AUGGGCUCGGUUGUGGCGCAUAGCAAGGUAAGCCGCACGUGGGUAGCUGGCAGACUGGACAAUGGAUCUGAACAGAACCCUUCUUUUCUUCCUAAUGACUAUGAAGUAUUGGUCAUCUAUGAUGGCUAUGGGAAACAAAUAGCCCAUUUUAAGUCAGGGGACGAUGCUUGGACUAGCAUAGAUCAAGUGAUCGGAUUCGAUGAUGUAAUUUAUUAUAGAGGCCAGUUUCUAGGUGUUAGUUUGGGUGGUAGUGUUUUUUCGAUGAAUGUUAGCAGGGAUCAAACUACUAAACCCCGUGUAAGCUUACUUGUGCCAAUGGAUCCAGACACUGACAAUAAAACAUACCUUGUGAAAUCAUCCAAGGGAGAUCUUUUGCUGGUUAGGAAGUUCAAACGAGUAAAUUAUUUUAAGCGGUUUAUGAAGUCUCUCAACUUCAAGUUUUUCAAGUUUGAAAGGUUAAAGUUUGAACGAGUAAAUGUUUAUGAUCGUUUUACGGAGGCUCUGAGCUUCAAGGUUUUCAAGCUGUUCUGUGCUCAUGGGAAGAGACCCCAAUGGGUUGAGAUUGAAAGUAUUGGAAAUGAAGCUCUGUUUUUGGGUAGCAAUCAGUCCAUGUGUGUCUCCAUGCUGGACUUUUCAGGUUGUCAGCCAAAUUCCAUAUACUUCACUGAUGAUUGUGUGGAUGUAGAAUGCCAUAAACCUAAAGGGCCUCAUGACAUGGGUACCUUCAACUUGGAAAACAGAAGCAUGGGAACACAUUACUGCUUGGAUCGUUCGCAGAAGCACAUGCCACCAGCAAUUUGGAUCUUGCCCUCUAUGGUGUGA